AUGAAUACCCUAGAUGUUGAACCAAGCUUAAUUUCAACUCCAAGAUCUAAAACAAUCGUUGACAUUGUUCUUCCAAGAACUCCCAAUAAGAAAAUAAGGAAAACUACACCACUCUCGUUCACUAUUAAUAAUGCUGAAACUGAUACAAUUAUAUCUAAAAAUAUUACAACACCUGCUGUAACAGCUGCCUUUAAACUUUCAAGAAAACAUAAGAUAAGGAAAUUUAAGAAAAAUAAUCAAUCUCAAUACAUUAAUAACAAAUUGAAUGACUCCAAGAUACCAAAUCUAGUAAGUCCCUCUCCUAUAAUUAAAACUAGUUCUAAAAAUAUUCAACCACAAUUUUUAACUCUCAAUACCACCACUUAUGAAAAUGUUAAUUAUAAUGAAAAUACACCAACAGAAGAUGAUGAACUUCUCAGUUAUAGUCCUUCAAGAAUAAGAAAUAUUUAUGAUUCAGAUUAUACAAAUAGAAUUUUUAGUCCCAUUUACGGCGAUGAAGUAUCAUCUUCAACUUCAACAACUCCAACUUCAAAUAUAAGUUCAAAUGAUAUAAUAAGUCCAUUUUCACCAAAUAUUAAUUUGAAUCCUUGGAAUAUUAAUGGAAAUGAUGAAAUUAAUGAAGAUCAUUUUAACUAUAUUCCAGAAAAUAAUAUAUUUGACAGCUUACCAUCAAAUACUGCUUGUAACAAUAAACCACUUUUAAACGAUGUCACUCAAGAACUGAAUAGAAUAAUACGAUCAUCUUUAUUUAAUAAAUUUGAUAAUAACUUAUCAAGUGUGGCAGAUCAAAAAUUAACAAAUUCAUCAUUAAUUUCUUCAUCAGAAAAUAAUAAUAUGCAUAAACCAUGUCACAGAUAUAAAACACCAAAAAACCCUAUAUUAAAAAUACAUCCAAAUUCGUUAAAUUUCUUGGUAAGUUCAUCCAAAAAAUCUUUGGAAGAUGCAACUAUUUUUGCUACAGAAAUAAAUAUGUUACUGAGUAAAGAUUGUUUAAAGAUUCCAAAGAUCAUAUCUCCAUUGGAGAAAGUUUCUAUUCCUGUAAACUCAUCUGUUAAAAAAAAUAUAAAAAACAAAAGAGAGAUUUAA